AUGUCCCGAGCUCACACAAAGAGGGUGUGGGACGGAGCACAGGCAGUUUCGGGACUAGCUCGGAGGCAAGGGCAUGCCUGCCUCUCCGAUAUUGUGCAUUGCAGGUUCCUGCACAGUCACACCCACCAGGCCACCCACCACACACAUCGGCUGCCUGAUGUGUUGACCAGAUGUUCCAUCAUGCCCUUGGCUUUGCCGCGUGCCUGUGAUACCUCCAGCCUUGUUGUGCAGGGAGAUGUGUGCUGCGCCGCGGAGGAGUUAGCUCACCGCUUCCUCUGGGGCACUCGUAGCAUCGUUACACAUGAACGUCGCAAUGCUACUGCUACUACAUGGCAGCAGACUGCGACAGCUAAAUUCAAUAGCGGAGGGCCAAGAAGAGAAUCCUUCUCCAUCAUGCUCGUCAUCUCGCUGGUGGUGGUGGCCACGCUGGAGGAGCAUCGCAAUCUGAGCUAA